CUGAGUUAGAACUGGGAGCUACGAGCAGCAGCAACAACGGCAGUAUCAGCAUCAGCAUCAGCAUCUCUGGGCAUCAGUACAGCACACACAGCAUGGGGCUGUGCAGCACCCUCACCUGCCUGGUCUGCCUCACUCUGCCCCGGCACCUCUCUGCAGAGCAAGUUAUUCUUCUGGAUUCCAAGGAGUCACAAGCAGAGCUAGGCUGGACCUCACACCCAUCAAAUGGCUGGGAGGAAAUUAGUGGUGUUGAUGAGAAUUACAAGCCAAUUCGUACUUACCAAGUGUGCAAUGUGAUGGAGCCAAAUCAGAACAACUGGCUGCAGACAGGCUGGAUCUUGAGACGGAAUGGGCAAAGGAUCUUUAUUGAGCUCAAAUUCACUCUAAGGGACUGUAACAGCAUUCCUGGAGUUGUGGGGACAUGCAAGGAGACAUUUAAUCUUUACUACAUUGAAUCUGAUUUCGAUCUUGGAAAAAACAUCAAGGAAAGCAAGUAUGUCAAAAUUGAUACCAUUGCAGCAGAUGAAAGCUUCACUCAAGGGGAUCUAGGAGAACGCAAGAUGAAACUGAACACAGAAGUUAGAGAGAUUGGACAUCUUAACAAGAAAGGCUUUCACUUGGGAUUUCAGGAUGUGGGAGCUUGUGUUGCCCUAGUCUCUGUACGUGUCUAUUAUAAAAAGUGCCUCUCCACAGUGCAGAACCUGGCAGUGUUUCCAGACACAGUGGCAGAGGCAGCCUUUUCAACUCUAGUGGAAGUUAGGGGGACUUGCGUGAAUAACUCUGAAAUAGACUUGGAUAAUCCACCCAGGAUGCAUUGCAGUGCAGAGGGGGAGUGGCUGGUCCCUAUUGGAAAAUGUACUUGUAGUGCUGGCUUUGAAGAAAAGGAAGGUAGCUGUGCAGCUUGUCCCCCGGGGUUUUAUAAGAUGUCCAGCCGGCUCCAGAUUUGUGUUCCUUGUCCUCAGCAUAGCUACACAAACCAAGAGUCAUCCACAGUAUGCACUUGUGAGAAAUACUUCUACAGAUCUCCCCUGGAUUCCCCUUCCACUACAUGUACACGUCCCCCAUCUGCCCCAAGAGAUCUGAUAUACAGCAUGAAACAGACUACACUGGUUUUAGAAUGGAAUGCACCAUUGGACACAGGAGGCAGGGGUGAUCUUACCUAUAACGUUUUCUGUGACCGGUGCUCUGUUGCCUUUCAACAAUGUGAGCCUUGUGGCAGCAGCAUUGGAUAUGUACCUCAGCAGAUUGGAUUAGUGGACCGGACAGUAACAAUGGUGAAUUUGCUGCCUCGCAUGAACUAUACUAUUCGGGUGGAGUCUGUGAAUGGAGUCUCUGAUUUUAGCACAUAUUCUAAGAAAUUUGCUGAAAUUAACAUCUCAACCAACAAUGCAGCUCUGUCUUUGAUCACUGACAUCCGGGCAGAUAAAGUGGAUCAAAAAAGCAUCACGCUAUCAUGGCAGGAGCCGGUUUUCCCAUUUAUCAACAACACAGAGUAUGAGAUCAAGUACUAUGAAAAGGACCAAAGAGACCAAAGUUACUCCACAUUGAAAACAACUUUGACAGCAGUAACUGUUCAUAACCUGAAGCCUGGAACAGUUUAUGUCUUCCAAAUCCGCACAUCCUCAUCAUCACAAGAUUAUGGAAGCUAUAGUUCAAGCAUUGAAGUGGAAACACUAGGAGAAUUGGCCCUAGCCUCCAGUGAGCAGAAUCCUCUUAUCAUCAUAGUGAUCGUGUCUGUAGCAGGAUUCAUCGUAUUGCUCUCCAUGGUUGUAGGACUCAUGAUAUGGAGGAGGCAGUGUGGCUACAGCAAGGCGAGUCAGGAUGGAGAUGAAGAACUGUACUUCCACUUCAAAAUACCUACAAGAAGAACGUACAUUGAUCCAGAUACUUGUGAAGAUCCCAUGCAAGCUGUUCACUUGUUUGCAAAAGAAUUGGAUAAUUCCAGCAUAAAGAUUGAAAGAAUACUUGGCACAGGGGAAUAUGGCGAAAUUUGCAGGGGUUGCUUGAAGCUUCCAAGUAAGAGAGAGCUUCCAGUUGCCAUACAAACACUGCGGGCUGGCUGUUCAGACAAACAGAAGCGCUCGUUUUUGGCAGAGGCAAGCAUCAUGGGACAGUUUGACCAUCCCAACAUCAUACGUCUAGAAGGAGUCAUCACCAGAGGCAAUACAAUGAUGACAAUAAUGGAAUAUAUGGGCAACGGAGUGCUAGAUUCAUUUUUGAGGAAACAUGAGGGGCAAUUUACAGUACCUCAGCUGGUGGGGAUGCUGAGUGGUAUAGCCUCAGGGAUGAAGUACCUAACAGAGAUGAGCUAUAUCCACAAGUGCCUUGCUGCACACAAAGUCCUUGUCAACUCUAACCUGGUUUGCAAGAUAUCUGGAUUUCGACAAAUUCAAGAUGAUAAACUUGACACUGUAUUUACCACCAUGAUGCGGAAUUCAAAUAAUGGAAAGAGCACAGUUUUAUGGAGUGCCCCAGAAGGUAUCCAGUACCACCGUUAUAGCACUGCCAGUGAUGUCUGGAGCUUUGGUAUAGUUAUGUGGGAGGUCAUGUCUUAUGGUGAAAGACCUUACUGGGACAUGUCCAAUCAAGAUGUCAUCAAGGCCAUAGAAGAUGGUUUCCGACUUCCAGCACCAAUAAACUGUCCACCUGCUCUCCAUCAGUUGAUGUUAGACUGUUGGCAAAAGGACAGGAAUGAGAGACCAAAAUUUACUCACAUACACAACAUAUUAACCAAGCAUGGGCAAAGCCCUGAAAAAAACAAGUCUGCAACCUCCACAGCAACAAGAUCGCACAGUACUUCCAUUCCAUUAAUUGAACGGACAUUUACAACAUUCCCUUCAUUUAGCUCAGUGGGAGAAUGGCUGGAGGCCAUUGAAAUGGAAAGGUAUAAGGAUAACUUCACAGCAGCUGGCUAUUGCUACCUGGAGUCUGUAGCCAGGAUGACAGUUCAAGAUGUCAUGAGUUUAGGAAUCACUUCUGUGGAACACCAGAAAACCAUUCUCAGUGGCAUUCAGACCUUACGUGCUCAAGUUAUACAAAUGCACGGACGGGGAGUGCAGGUGUGACACACAAGGACACAAGAUAAGCUCUGGGACUGAAAAAUCCAAAGGGAGAGCUAUACAGCCCCCCCAAAUCUGGCCAAGAAACAUGAGAGGAAAAGAAAGGCAAAACCUAAGGCGGAGUCAAAUGUAACUAGGAUUACAUCGGAGCCAAACUCUCUUAACUCCCUAGAAGCAAUUGUAAAAUUGCCAAGUAUGGCUGCUGUAGUACCAUGUCCCAUGGUCGAAGAUGGCACAGUCAAAUGGAAGAAUUUAUCCCUUAUAUGGGGGAGAAGUGAAAUCAUGCUGUGUGUCUACAAUGAUAACCAGCCAUAUAGACUGCAAAACUGGACAGAUUUUAGAGGUCUUUUAACAAGGCCAAAUAUCUGUAUGAAUCAUAGGCAUACAGGGUGUGCUGGAAACGUGUGCACUUGUUUUUACAUGGGGUACAUUGUUGUAAUAUUGUGGUGCCAACUACUCCAUUAACUAUAAGUACUUAAGUAUUUUUCUAACAGCAACUGUGUUGUACUGACUCCCAUAAAUAGCUUUUAUUUUUACAGAAUGUAAAAGAAAAAAAGACUUUUUUUUUAUACCAGAUCAAGUGUCCAAGUGAUAUGUGUUUGGUGCAGAAAGUGCUAGUCUUUUUCUUUUCUCCUCCUUACUAAGCACUUUUUUCUCAGCGGCAUUAAAUGAUGGCAUCUCUCUCAUGGGGCAAAUGCGAUGAAGCUGAAGUGGUGCAAUUUGUCUUUUACUUGAAGUUCAAUGCGAGCAAUCGCUUACUUUGCAAAGGUUUGUCUGACAGAUUUGAGCAGCGGGGAGGUGAGAUGGAAAACCAUGCAAGCAAUACAGAAAAACAACAAAAUAGUUGUAGAGCCUUCAUUUAUAUGUGGUUUGGUUGAUAUGAAACACAAUCAGUUAUAAAGAGAGUGCUCAAGCCUAAUGGAUCGUCAGACAGGGUACACCUGAUGUUAUCCAAACACCAAAACAGGUCACUUGCUGCUUCCUUUGUAACGUAACUUCAGUUGGCUGCACAGAAGACAGUUUCUCAAAGCAGCGUCAACAAUAUUUGUCUUUACUUAUAAAUUAUAAUGGUGGUGUCAUCUAGGGUGAAGGUCUACUCUCCUCUUUCUGCCAAUAACUCAAUUUAAUUUGGAGUCUUUCGGUUUUAACCUAUAUACUUUUAUGUGCAGGGAAAGUCAUCGUUGACUGGCUGCCUCUUCUGACUGCCACUUCUGAUUCAUUUGCUGCAGUAUAAUUAUAAGGGAAGUUUACCUGUUGGUAGUAAAACAUAAGAGUGACUCAUACUGCUUGAAAGAAUAGGGAGUGUUCACUGUAAUCUAUCUGCCCAAAUUACCUCUGUGCACUUAAGUAAUGCUAACUGUACAGCUAUAAAGGCCGCUCAAGUACAUUAUCCAAAUACAGUAAAUUGAAAUGUAUCACUUUUUUAAAUAUCUUUUGUCCUUUUACAAAAUGUAAUAUCAUCAAGCCAGUUCUAGACUUGACAGUGGAUUUGUUCUCCAAACACAAAUGAUUUUAAUUGACUCUCCUCUUGUGAUCAACCACAGCAUUAAUAAGUAUUACCUCAGCCGGUCAGUCAUUUGGACCUCAGACAAAUAUGCCAACCAGAGGUGUAGCUAGGCGCCAUGGUGCCCGGAUCAAGGGCACGUUUUGGCACCCCCUUCCCCUGUACUGAAUUGGGGGCCUAGCCAGCAUGUGGUGGCAUGUUACAUUUGAAAAGAAACAAUAUUUUAAAAUCCUAAAUUGGUGACAGGGCCGGUUCCAGACCUUGUGGAGCUCAGGGCAAAAGUUUCCUUUGGGUGUCCCCCAUGUUUAAAAUAGGCUCAGUGUGUGCUGAAGGCUUGCAACAACAAUAUAGGGGCAUGGCAGCAUGGACGGUUUAAUGGUUAGUAUUACUGCCUCACAGCACUAUAAAGAAGGUGGCCAGAGCUGUCAGUCUCUCCCGCUAUCGCCUCUGGCCUGCCCUGUUCCCUACCUAGUCUUCGAGUCAGUGUGCACCCCCUCUGCUUCCCCUCCUCCUGCACUGUGGCUGCCAGUACAGUGGCCCACAGGAAUGGGGGGUGGUGGGCGGCAGUGCGCCCUCUAACUUUUUUGGCACCCGGAGCUCGCACUCCACUGGAGCCACCCUCGCUACACCCCUGAUGCCAACACAAUAUCAUACUUAUCCUGAGAAAUCACUGAUGGUGUAUUUCCAUAGUGGGCAUAGGCCCAGAUUUAUCAAGCCUUGGAGAGUGAUACAUUGUACGGUGAUAACGUACCAACCAAUCACCUCAUAACUGUCAUUUUUAAGCACAGCCUGUAACAUGGCAGUUAGGAGCUGGUUGAUUGUUACUUUAUCCCCAUGCAAUUUAUCACUUUCCUAAGCUUGAUAAAUCUUGACCAUAGUAAUUAAAACAAUACAACUUUAGGCAGAGUUACAAGUUUAGCUGUUACACAUAUACUGUAGCUGGGUCAAUCUUGGCAUUGUGUGUGUCCCUAGUUAUACAUUGAAAAUGAAUUGGUAAUUUUCAAUUUCCAAUUAAUGGUUACAAAAAAAAUCACACAUAGUUUGCUUUUGUAAUAUGUGUUUGGUGAAGUUGACUUUAUUUUGAUUUACUGAUUUUAUUUAAAGGACACUUGGCUAAUACACACUAAUGAAGCUUCCAUUCUGUGUGCUAAACCACUACCCAUGUAAAUACAGCCUUUUUAUUGUCUCUGACCAAGUAAUAUCACCGUGGUACAUUAUGAUUACUUUCCUUGUGGCCUAAUAUCCAGGAGACUAUGACAUUUAGGGCCUAAUUCAGAGAUGUACAUAAACCCAAUGUUUAUUCACAUUUCCAAUGUUUUUAGUUCUGCACAGAAGCCGCACUGCGCAUGUUACUCACAGUGCCCUACCCGUCAUAGCAUGAUUGACAUGCAGCUGGUUGGUGAUUUGGGGUGGCAAUGGGCAACAUCCAGAAGAUGGGAACAUGAUGGACCAGAUUUCUUCACUAAUACCAGCAGCAUGAUUUCACUAGACAUCCUGAGCAGGGUCGGACUGGCCCACAGGGGUACCAGGGAAACCACCGGUAGGCCACACUGCCUGAGUGCCCACUCCUUCCUCUAGGGUUCAGGUUCCAGACUGUGCACUUGUAUUAUACAUGGUAGAUAUGUUGCAUUACACUGCACUAGACUAUUGUGUAUUUCAAGCCUCUGUAGAGGCUGGCCACACCCCCUUUGUAGGCAGACCACACCCUUAAGUAUGGGCCCCUGUCACUGCAUUCCCCCGGUGGGCCCUUCAUGCUCCAGUACGACACUGAUCUUGAGUAACCUGAGGCUUACUCGAAUGUCCAGUGUUCAUGCAGAGUGAGCCAAUGCUGCAUCUCUGGACGCAGCAGCUAGAAGUGGGCGUCUAUUUACACAAGACACCUUCGGCAGCAUUAGUAUUUAUUAGCACAACCACUACAUACAAAGAUACAGCUGCUGUGCUAUAGUGUCUCCCUCUGAAUUAGCCCCUUUAAUGAACUGAUAAUCUGCAUUCUCAUAAAUAUUGUUUCAGCCCCCCAAAAAAUAGAUUCCAAAAUAGACGUGCAGAUUGACAUGCCAUUCAAAGGCAAGGUGCUAUAUCUACAUCAUCUGUUUUUAUUAAAUACCCAUUUUGAAAGAAAAUGCUUGCCAUUGAAGCCUGUCCUUACAAUGUACUAUAUGUUUCUGAAGCAAAGCUCCUAUCAAGAAAAUCUCAUUUAGGGUUUAAUUAUGUCUAACAUCACCUUUUAUACUGCCAGCAAAAGUCAAAUG